AUGUCAAACAUCAAUGUCCUGAUCUCUGGCUCCGGCAUCGCGGGUAGUGUCUUUGCAUUCUGGCUGCUCCGUGCCUAUCCCAAUGCCAACAUCACCAUAGUCGAGCGCGAUCCUGCCCUCCGCUUGACUGGUGCCAGCGUCGACAUCCGCAGCUCAGCCGUGGACAUCAUCAAAUGGAUGGACGCGGAACAGGAGAUCCGCAAUCAAACCACCAAAGAAGAGGGCAUAGAAUUCGUUGACGCCAACGGCAAGGCUGUGGCAACGCUCCGAGCCACUGGCAGAUCAGACAUUCAGAGUAUCACAUCUGAGUACGAGAUCUUCCGCGGGGCACUUGCGAAGAUCUUCAUUGAUCCGAUCAUCGGGCGGGUUAACCUCAUCUUUGACGAGUCUGUCGACCAUUUUGAGCAGCGCGACGAUGGCGUGGUAGUCACGUUCACCAAGAGCAAGGAAAGUAAGAAGUACGACCUGCUCGUGGGCGCAGAUGGCCUGGGCUCGAAGAUUCGCGGCAUGAUGUUGAACAGCAAACCGCAGGAGCAACUGUACGACGAGGGCGUUCAUGUGGCAUAUUUCACCAUCAAGAGCGACCUGCUGCAGGGGAGCCGCCUGGCAAAGUGGUACAACGCCACGGGUGGGCGCGCUGUCUUCCUGCGGCCCGACCCCGACCCUGCCGGCCGGACGAGAGGCAAUCUCAUGAAUGUGACCACCAAGGGAGACGUGGAAAUGAAGGACAGACUCAAUCAAGCUGUUCGCCAAGGCAAUGAAAGCUACAUGCAGUUGAUGGAAGAACUGUUCCGCGACGCAGGCUGGGUGACACCAGAGGUGUUGCAAGGGAUGCGCGAAAGCGACGACUUCUACUGCUCGCUGUUCGGACAGGUCAGAUCAUCCCAAAUCCAGCAUGGCCACGUCGUCCUGCUUGGCGAUGCCGCCUACGCGACGCCUGGCUUUGGCACCAGCCUCGCAAUCAUUGGUGGCUACGUCCUGGCCGGAGAGCUGUUGAGUCAUGCGGGCGAUGUCGCACCGGCCUUGGGGCGGUAUGAAGAGAUCAUGCUGCCGUUUGCAAAGGCCUCACAGGGCGGGGAUAACGCGAUGCAGCUCUUCAAUCCGCAGACGCAGUGGGGAAUCAGAAUCAGGAAUGCGAUUCUGGCUUUCGUGACGCGGACGAAGCUGGACAGGUUGGCCAUGGCUGGGGCCUCGGCGCUGGGCUUCACAGAGAAGAAAGCCCCUAUGCCGGAGUAUCAAUGGCCGGCAUCCUCAUCCCCUGACACGCUCGACUGA